CACCGCUGUCAUUCAAUAUCGCUUCGCAAUUGGUUGGUCGAACUGAGUGUUGAAAAAAAAACAAAGUUUUUGAGAACGACGGGCAGGAUAAAACCCCAAAUCAUAUUGAAUUCUAGCAAUUCGAUGUGAUUAUGGCUCAUCAUUUAUUGAAUAAUCUGCAGCUGGCAAAGCAACAGGCCAGUGUUUUGGGUGGUGUAUGUCUUAAAAAUGGUUCAUUGAGCUCAGUGGCCAAAUAUUCAACCAUUGUCGAUGAAGAGCCGCGUCAAUUGAAAACCGUGAAUUUAACAUCGUUAAAACGCGGUACUGGUGGUCGUUCCAGUUUCAAUGGAAUGGUUGUCACGAUUUUUGGUGCGACCGGAUUUUUGGGUCCAAUGGUUGGGUAUAAAUUUGGCAAGCUCGGUUCACAAUUGAUCUAUCCAUAUCGUGCCGAUUUCUAUCCAGCGAUGCGUUUGAAACCGACCGGUGAUUUGGGACAAGUUCUAUUCCAUUUUUAUAAUUUACGCGAUGAAAAAUCCAUCAAAGAAGCAAUGAAAUAUUCGAAUGUUGUCGUUAAUUUGGUUGGACGACAAUGGGAAACGAGAAAUUUCACAUUUGACGAUGUUCAUGUGGAUGGUGCACGUCUAAUUGCCAAAUGUGCUCGUGAGUGUGGCGUUGAGCGUCUCAUUCAUUUAUCAGCGAUGAAUGUUACACCCGAUCCAGAAGCAGUUACCUAUUUUGGUCCAAGCAAAUGGUUGAAAAGCAAAUACUAUGGUGAACAGGCCGUUUUUGAGGAAUUCCCAAAUGCAACCGUCAUUCGGCCAGCUGAUAUGUACGGGCGAGAAGAUCACUUUUUAUGGUAUUAUCAACAUGUGUGGCGUCGUCAAUUUCGUGCUGUACCAUUGUGGGAUAAUGGUGACAAAACCGUUAAAGCACCGGUUUUCGGUGGUGACAUUGCACAAGCCAUUGUGAAUGCAGCCAAAGAUCCAGAAACAGCUGGAAAAAUAUAUCAAGGUGUCGGUCCACAUCGUUAUUUAUUAUCCGAUAUUAUUGACUAUUUGUAUCGUGUGAUGAAUAAGGAUCUUGAAUCAUGGGGAUAUUUCCGAUACAAUAUGAAAUAUGAUCCAUUUUUCUAUAUAAAAACCUAUUUGACCGAAAAAUUAAGCCAAUCGAAUCCAGUCGGCGAAGUGAAUCGGGAACGCGUCGAAAAAGAAUUUAUUAGCGAUGUCAUUCUUGAUGGCGUACCGACAUUAGAAGAUUUAGGUGUUAAUCUAACAUUAAUGGACGAUCAAAUACCAUAUGAAAUGAAGGCAUACACAGCUUGGUUGUAUUAUCAUCCUGAACCUGGAGAAUUUGCACCGAUCGGAAAGCCAAGACCACUGGGAAAAUACGAAUAUGUUUAAAUAUGAAAUUGUUUAUUCAAAAUAAGAUUUUCUGUGUUUAUUGAGAGAAAGAGUAAAUCAAACUCAAGUAAAUAAAGAAGAUGAUGGAAAAAAGUA